AAGGACAGACAGAGUAGGGUUGGGUUAUGGUGAAGUGAAAGAAGAGAGGAGAGGGGUGAACCAAAAAAGGGGCAUACACUGAGGACUGAAAAGACUUACGCGCGCACACCCACGCCACGCACUACACUACUCUACUCUUGUCGCACACGCAUCCUCCUCUCCUCUCCGCCACCACUGUCGGCGAUUCGAUUCACCACCGCUGCCCUAUCGCUGCAUCAGGAUUAAGGGCUGACGCCCAUGUCUGUGAGUCGUUAUCGGUCAACACCUCCACAAUCUCUCCAAACGGCCAAACCCAUUCGAGUUGAUUUCACAUCCUUCGUUGUUCUUUUCUUCGUGUCUUGUUGGUCGAGAAGCGUUUCUGCUUGGUUGUUGUAAUCUGGAUUUAGAUGAAUCUAUUUUGUAGUUUGAAUUUUAUGCGGUUUUCUAAAUUUGGGGCUAGGUCAGGAGUGGUUGUUGAAUGCUAAAUAUGGGCUGACUAGUACUAUCAGGAAAGGACUCAGUUUCAUAGGCCGGAAGAAAAUUAUUCGAAAUUAUUACGUAGCUUGAAUUCCUCCACCUAAGUCUUUCCCUCGAAUUUAUUUUUUUGCCAAUUUUGGCAAUAGAAUUUUGUGUUGUUUCCACCAUGAAUGAUUCUACAGCUUCGGGCGACUCCUCCUCGGGCAAGCAAGCAGCAGCGCCGCUAAAACCAGUGGCCAAGAAGAAGCGGAAUCUGCCUGGAAUGCCUGGGUUUUGGUUUUGGUUUUGGGUUUUAAUUGGCUCAGAUCCUGACGCUGAGGUGAUUGCUUUAUCCCCUCAUACGCUAUUGGCGACAAACAGAUUUGUUUGUGAAAUCUGCAACAAAGGUUUUCAGAGGGACCAGAAUCUACAACUUCAUAGAAGAGGUCAUAAUUUGCCGUGGAAGCUUAGGCAGAGGUCAAGCAAAGAGGUCAGGAAGAAGGUGUAUGUUUGCCCCGAACCAAGCUGCGAACACCACAAUCCUUCGCGUGCGUUGGGUGAUUUGACAGGCAUUAAGAAGCAUUUCUGUAGGAAGCACGGUGAGAAGAAAUGGAAAUGUGAGAAAUGCUCCAAGAAAUACGCAGUGCAAUCUGACUGGAAGGCACACUCGAAGAUUUGUGGAACAAAAGAGUACAAAUGUGAUUGUGGAACUGUAUUUUCAAGGAGGGAUAGUUUCAUUACACACAGGGCAUUCUGUGAUGCAUUGGCUGAGGAAAGUGCUAAAGAAAAGCCGGCAAAGGGUCUUCCUAGUGCUGAUGAGAAUCCGAAAACUGGGAUUGUUUCCAUUCCACCUGCACCUGCACCUGCCGAGGCAGCAUUGUCUCCACCACUUCCGCCACAGAAUGAGGAAGAAACUCCAGCUCCUCCAGUUCUGUUGAAGUCUUCAAUCGAUGCUAUAUCGUCCCCUGUUUUACCGGAUGAGAAUCCUGAGAUGGUUGGAAGCCAGAACAACAAUCUCACUACUGCUCAAAUUUUGGAGUUGGAGGAGACACCGACGGUGACAAACUUGGUAGCAAAUUGUAGCAGCAGCAGCUGUUCAAGCAGCAAUGGAAGCUCGACCAGUAAUGUUUUUGCCAGCCUGUUUGCAUCAUCCACCUCGGCCAGAAGUCUACAAUCUCAGUCUCAGACAGCUGGUUUUACCGACUUAUUACAAACUAUAACCCAACCUGCCCGAACUCAAGAUUUAUCAGCAGCUUCUUUAUCUCUAGAACCUGUGGCUCUCUGCCUCGCAGUCAAUCAAGGGUCAUCCAUAUUCGGAACAGCAGGGCAAGAGCUGAGGCAGUACGCCCCCGCCCCGCAGCCUGCCAUGUCAGCAACUGCUCUGCUACAAAAGGCUGCUCAGGUGGGUGCUUCUGCGCCUAAUGGGUCACUGCUACUGAGCCUCGGGAUAGUUUCUCCUUCUGCAUCACCUAAUGUUAGUCGGGAAUUGAGCCAGCAGCAAAAACUCGAGCCUGAUGGUCUUGGACUUGGGCUGGCCUGCGACAGCGGGUCUGGUUUGAAGGAGCUGAUGUUGGGAACUCCGUCUGUUUUUGGUCCUAAGCACGCAACCCUCGACCUGCUCGGGUUGGGUAUGGCUGCCAGUGGUGGAUCUACCAGUGGCCUCUCAGCUCUGAUAACUUCCAUCAAUGGCGGCCCCAACAACAUCAAUGCAGCAGCUGCAGAGUCACCGCGGGGUGGGAGAGAACACAGUAGCCAUGACAGAAUGCCGGCACAAAACCAGUGAACAAGGUGAGAUCGAGACUCUUUUCUAUUGUAACAUAUAUAUAUAUAUAUAUUCUACAAUAAACAUAACUCCACAGACACACACAUAUACAUAUAUAUGUAUGUAUGUAUGUAACUAUAGGUCGUUAAUUUUAAGUAAAUAUGGCUACAUGGUUAGGACGGACACUCGCUAACUGUGAUAAUUUCAUUUCUACAAGCUAGCAAGGAAGGGAUAUUUGACAUAUAUAUGACAGACAAUUGAAGGAAAUAUUGAAUUGAUUGUACUUACAUUAGUUACAUAGAUAGCGAUUGCAUUUCUCAUAUAUCUUGUCUAUGUAAUGCAAUGUAAGAAGCAGCAUAAUAAGUUAGUUAUAUGAUCC